UUUAAAUACCUUUACGUUUUAUUUUCCAUAAAAAAAAUGUAAUUUACGUAAGGAUUUGACAUGUAAACCCAUCAUCAAACCUGUCAUGAAGCAACGGACAUGAAAUUCUUUAUCCAUGAUUGUUCCCAUAACCCCCUUUCUGUUCUUGCUUUACAAAAUUUUAAUCGCACCUGAAUGCUUUAGCUUUGUUGACUCGUUGCAGCCGUAGAUAUUAAUUAUUUCGAAAUUUGAAGGAAUCGUGAGAAACAUUAAUGAAAAAAUAACAGUGUGACGUUUUUAGACCGCAGCAUUGUAAAACCCUUCAUUUAAAUAGCGCGAGUGUUAUUUGAAUAUUCCAUAAAUCUGGUGAACCUUGCAGCAGCAAGUGAAUAAAGUUUUUUUCUAAAAUGUGGAAGAUCCGUUACAUUAUUUUAACCUGGCUCGUAUGCUAUUUAACAUCGGCACAAGAGUAUUUACCACCCAAACCAAAUGGAGGGGGCAAAAAACCAAUUUCAGAACCAACACUGCCAAUAAAUUAUGAGUUUACUUAUGACGUGCAAGACAACGCCGUCUCUUUAGACUUCGGACACUCGGAGAAACGAAAAGAUGAUCGGGCGUCUGGAUCUUACCACGUGCUCUUACCCGAUGGUAGAACUCAACUUGUGGAGUACGAAGCUGGCCCAGAUGGAUAUAAACCACAAGUAAUGUACAUGGGUACAGCUACAUAUCCCACUCAGACUGGAACUGGGACAGGUGGUGACAAGUUCGAAGGUUACCACUACAACGCUGCAUCGAAUAGACAAAGCGUAAGACAAUCUGCUCGCGGUGGAGCCCGACAACCCCCUAUCGCGCCCUCGCCCGCUCCCGCUCCACCCGUGCUAUACGCUCCGGCCGAAAAUACCACGGAGUAAAAUACUUAAGGAAUGUAGCCUAUACGAGAUUACGAUUUUAUUAAAUUUCGAAUAUACAAAUAACGUUAUAAUACAUAUAUAUUACAUUUAAAAUUCUCGUGUCACAGUUUUUGUAACCAA